AGGCUAACCAGUAGCCAGCUAGCUCCACCAGUUGCUGUUGUAAUGUUAGCAAGUCAAGCCGAGGAGGACUGCUUUGGAAAGCCAGUGGUGGGCUGCAAACCUGCCGCCAAAGCAUUCGGAUAAGGCUGGUGCUUCAUCAUGCGGCGGGGGGAGCCCAUUUCACAGGCUUUCCAGGCCCCGGUGGAUGUCCACGCCAGUGCAGAUGGCCAUGUUUACAUGUUCAAUAGGAGGCCCAAUGAGUCUACUGUAUCCUCAGAUGAUGAGGAGCUCAAUGUCAGGGAGAUGAGGCCGUUGAUUUUACAAGAUCAGGAACAGGACUGUCUGAGGAACAUCCAGCUGCUGGAGCGUGAGGUACUAGAUGGUGACAACCUCAACAAGCUUGCACUGCAAUAUGGCUGCAAGGUGGCGGAUAUAAAGCGGGUGAACAACCUUAUGCAAGAACAAGAUUUAUUUGCCUUGAAAUCUAUCAAAAUACCUGUUCAGAAACACAGCUUUUUAACAGAGAUGUACACGGACCUAAGCGAUCCUCAAGAAGAAAUGCCACAUUCAUCCACUACACUCAUGAAGCCUCAGGACCGAGCCAGAGCCCAACCACACCUGCAGGAGGUCACAGACUUCCUAAUGGAGGUGGACCAAAAUAUUGAGAAACUGAUUCAGACCACAAACGAUCAAGAUGAUGAUUUCUUGGAUAACUCAGAGAAACAGCAGAGGUUUGGUUUUACAGGGCAGCAGCUGACCAGUCAAGGUGCAGACUGUGGCAUCCAGUGGUGGAACGCUGUGGUUGCCAUGCUCCUGAUAGGCAUCGUCCUGCCGUUGUUUUAUGUGAUUUAUUUCAAGACAAAAGAUAAUGGGGUAGUUAAUGAUAGUAGUGCUUUACAGUUAUCCACCACCUCUUCAGACUCCUCGGGGGCGGGCCUUGGUUCAAGAGAACCGGAGCAUUUUCAAGAACCAGGAUAGUGCAGGAACGAGGAUCACUUUUAAGACUGUACCGCUUUGACAGAAGCAAGUGACAAUCAAGAUAAAGCUGAAUUUCAACAUUUUAAUUUUUCAAUACCCUCAUGUAUCAGCAGAUUUUACCUUUUUUAUUUUGUACUUUCAUAACUGUCAUGUUUGAUGCAGAUACUUUAAUGAUUGUCUUGAAAUGAAAUUGCUGCACUGUCCUUAUUUUCUUUUGACAAUUUAGAACACUAACAUUUUAUCAAACUGCCUUCGAAGCUAACAGCUCCCUGAAAUCUGUGAUCCUUUGAUUUGAGAAACAGUUGUUUGUUGGGAUCACAGUUCCUCCUGCCUUCCCAAGGUUGAGAUUUUAAAUGUUUGUGUCUUGAAGUUCCUCGCAUGAGACAAGCUGAGUAGUAAUUUCCAAUAGUGAAUGUAUUUUUCUGAGGAGAAAAGACAUAAGCUCUGUAGGCAUUUAUGUGCUUUAACACAACUUGCCUCUCCACCAGUGCCUGUUACCAGUAUGAGCAGAUCAACAAGUGGCAUCAUAUCAGUGUUGUAUAUUGACGCAAUCUUUAUAGCUGUCCCAAUACAGUAAUAUAUAUUUUAAAUAUUUGCCUAAAAAGGAGAAAAGCAUGUGAAAUUUAACUGUAUUUGACAUGGGUUUGAGCAUUAUUUGUGUGCCUUGUUUGAUUUAAGUUAUUUGUUGAUUGUUUGGUUAUUGCCAUGCACCUCAUGCCUUCUCUCUGGGUCUAAAUACAGUGCAAAAUGUGUGAAUUGUGUUUACAGUAAGAAUUAGUUGCAAUUCUUUAUCCUGUUGGAUUGUAUGUGCUCAUUUGACACCUUGCAAUCUUCAAGGUGUUGCAUUUUGAAAAUUACAUGAAGCCAUCCAUAAGUUCCCUGAAUUAAGUGUGUCUUGUUUAUUUUGUUUUUCUCAUCUUAUUGUCCAAGUCUUAUUACACUGUAUUGAUAUUUUACGCACAGACUUGGAUGAGAUUACUCACUACUGACAUAAAAUAUACAGCUACAUAAAUGUAUGUAUUGUGUGUGUGUGUGUGUGUAUAUAUGUAUCUGCAUCUGCAAGGCACCAAAACAAAUUUCUUUUUUUUUUAAAGUGCAUAUAUAUGUAUAUAUACAGUGCAUCCGGAAAGUAUUCACAGCGCUUCACUUUUUCCACAUUUGGUUAUGUUACAGCCUUAUUCCAAAAUGGAUUACAUUCAUUAUUUCCCUCAACAUUCUACACACAACCCAUAAUGACAAAGUGAAAACUGUUUUUUAAAUUUUUUCAAAUGUAUU